AUGUCGAAAUUCUUAUUAUUGACUUUCGUUUACACACUGACGGCAUUACAUUAUGGCAAAGGCUUGGAGGCGAUCUCUAGGAACAUAAAUGAUGCAAAUGAUGGUACAAUUUUCACUUACCGUUUGCCGGAUAAUACAGAACCACUGUCUUACGACUUGCGGAUAACGCCCGAUAUCGAAAAUCGCUCUUUUCACGGUCAAGUCGACAUCGUUUUGAAGGCCAAACAGUAUACGACAGAGGUGAUCCUAAACUCGAAGGAUUUAAUCUUGUUGUCCGUACCGACGCUUCAAGACUUGAGAACAAACCGGAGUAUUGCAAUAAAGGACUACACCUUCGACAAGCCCAACGAAUGGUUGGUCAUCAAACUUGAAAAAUCGAUUUUACCGUCGCGGCUCUAUAAGCUUACCGUCGUAUUCAGAGGAAUUUUAAGAGACGAUUUUAUUGGAUUUCAUAAAUAUUUCUACGACUCUGGCAAUCACUCGAGAUGGAUAGUUCUAACUCAGUUCAAGCCGAUAUACGCCAGACGAGCAUUUCCGUGUUACGACGAACCGAAAUUCAAGACUCCAUACACGAUAUCAAUUGCCAGAAAUAAUAGGCAUUCUGCGUUGUCUAACAUGCCACUAAAAUUCACUGAAAUCCAUUCACAAAACGGUUGGGUGUGGGAUCACUUUAAAACUACUAAGCCAAUACCUACGUAUUUAGUGGCUUUUAUGGUGUCAGAUUUUGACAAAAAUCAUGUAAACGACGAUAAUAAUAUUGCCAUGCAUACGCGCAAAGAGUACAUCGAAUAUACAACGUAUAUGAUGGGAAAAGCACCAAACUUACUCAAAGGUGUAGAAACGUUCACUCAAAUACCGUAUAUGUUACCGAAGUUGGAUUUAAUCGGAGUUCCUUUACUAAACGCUUACAGCAUGGAGAAUUGGGGACUGAAUUCUUAUGAAGAAUUUUACGUUACUUUGACACAAGAUUCAGAAACGGAAGACAAAAUACAAGGAUCCAUGACCAUACUACACGAGAUCUUACACCAGUGGUUCGGUAACAUGGUGACCACUCCUUGGUGGGACAACGCAUGGUUGAACGAGGGCAUAUGCAACUUCUUGAACUAUUACAUAACGAGUAUAAUCGAGCCUGAAUGGGACAUGGAUGAAUCGUUCGUUGAAAAUGUUCAUCAGUACGCGCUGUCUUGGGACGAGUAUGACGAUACACACCCUUUGACGUUCACAGUGUCGACUCCCGAGGAAAUCGAAAAUGUUUUUGACGUUAUUACAAUUGACAAAAGCGCGGCGUUGUUUAGAAUGUUGAAAUGUGUGGUGGGCGAGGAGAACUUCAGGACUUCAAUAAACAAAUAUCUCGAUGAUUUUGCAUACACAGUAGCGGAACCAAAGGAAUUGUGGGAGACGUUUAAUUACGUGCUAUACGAUGCCGAAUAUACAAUAUUAGAUGAUCUCACGAUCAAUAAGUACAUGGAUUUGUGGACGGAACAGCCAGGGUAUCCACUGAUAACAGUGAGGUCGACAAGUAAUGGAUCAGUCAUUGCGUCACAGAAACGUUUUUCUCUGUCGCAUCCGCGGCAAACGAACGACGACGCAAAAUGGUUUGUUGGCUUGACGUACACCACUGAGAACGAAUUGGACUUCGAAGAGCUCACGCCGACCGUUUGGCUGAAACCCACCGAUCAGCAAAUGACAUUGACCGUUCCCGACGAUUUCGGAUGGAUAAUUGUCAACAUCCAAUCGACCGGGUUUUACAGAGUGAAUUACGACGAAAAAAAUUGGAAACUUUUGUUGAUCCAGUUAAUAACAAAACCCGACCGAAUACACGUGCUCAACAGAGCGCAAAUCAUAGACGACGUGCAUCACCUGUGCCGAGCCGCGCUGGUGCCGUACAGUUAUUAUACUUCGCUGCUCGAAUACCUGUUGAUGGAAGACCAUGUGAUGCCUUGGAACACGGCGAUCAACGGCUUAUCGUCGAUCAUGGACGCCAUCCGACGAUAUCCCACUGAAUAUUCAAAGUUCAAAAAAUACGCAAAGGGCUUAGCGGAUAUUUUAUACAACAAAUUAUCGGAAAACCAGAUGCGUAAUGCAACGAUGAAAAUCGGUUGGAGCAAACUAUUGACGUGGACGUGCAACAUGGGCAACUCGCGUUGCGUGCAAUCUGCGUCGGAACAUUUUGACGCAUGGAUGAAUAACGGACACCAGAUACCACCCGAAAUGGAAGAAGCUGCGCUGUGCGCGGGUAUGAGAAAAGGAAAUAUCGCAGCUUUGUCGAGAAUUCACAAGUUCUACGAUACGACGCGAUCACCGUCACAGAGAGAAAUCGCUUUGAGAGCAUUGGCUUGUACCGACAACGUCCAAAUGCUGUUGAGUCAUCUAAAUCUGAUGCGAUUGGAUGACGUGGGCCAUGUGAGCUUGCAUACAUUUAAAACAGUUUGCGACAACGUCGUUACCACACCGACAGGCGUUAAAGCUCUCGCCAGUUUUCUGAUACAAAAACUGAACACGAUUCAAUCGACGCCGAUUCGCAAUAACCUGAACGACAAGUACAUCGCUGUUGCGUACUCUGCAUUGGCGUCCAAAGUAGGGUCGGACGAGGAAAUCGUUUUGAUAAACAAUAUAAGGCGGCAUGUCAAAUCAGCUGAUCUGAAAAUCGUGCUGGACAAAAUUUAUCAAAAAAUCGAAUCAAAUUUGUUAUGGAUGGAGCGAGAUCAUAAAAAAAUCAUCAGGGCUAUCGAAAUGUGAGAAAAAAUCGGGAGCCCUGAAUAAAAUAUAACUUUGAUUAUAUUAGUUAUAUUAGCAUAUUAUAUUAUUAUAAUAUAAACGUUCGUAACAAAA